UCCGAUGUCUACGGCCAGCUGUUGGUCAAUGGUUCUGUCCGCCAUCGGGUUGUAACGAAGCUAGUAAGGAUAACACUUAUACACGUACCGCGCCAUAACGUUUGUCAAAGAGCACGGGGCUCCUUAGAUACAUUAAGCGGUAAGCACAAUUUAAACGUUAAUCCAGAACAGCGAUUUCCUUCUUCUAGCCACAUCGACACUGGGAUUAGAGCAGGCGCGGCGGACAGACGGCGAUAUUCGUUCACGGAACCUGCUGAAUCUGUGGAUUCCACCAGAAGGAACGUUACCUUCAAUGGGCAUGGCUGAAACGUCGUUUGUGUCAGUGACCAGCUGAGGUCUGCUGAGAGCUCACACUUCUCAUCUGGCUGAGAGCAUGUACAGGAAGAAUGGACUCCCUGUCAGUGUCAGCAUCACAUCUGCCACCCAGGACAGCAGUAGUUCAGAGUCUCUGGAUUGGCAGAGUUUGGACUCUGCUAAAAGCUAUGACGCAGUGGUGUUUGACGUGCUCAAAGUGACACCUGAGGAGUUUGCUGGCCAGAUCACUUUAAUGGAUGCUCCUGUAUUCAAAGCAAUACAACCAGAGGAGUUGGCCAGCUGUGGAUGGAAUAAGAAGGAAAAGCACAACCUUGCACCCAAUGUGGUGGCCUUCACUCGGAGGUUCAAUCAGGUUAGUUUCUGGGUGGUGAGAGAGAUCUUGACAGCACAGACUCUGAAGAUUCGUGCCGAAAUUUUGGGCCACUUCAUCAAAAUUGCUAAGAAGCUGUUGGAGCUGAAUAACCUGCACUCUCUUGUGUCUGUGGUGUCGGCCUUACAGAGCGCACCUAUCUUCAGAUUGAGCAAGACUUGGACACUCAUCAGUCGAAAGGACAAGACCACUUUUGAGAAGCUGGACUUCUUGACAUCAAAAGAGGAGAAUUACACUCGGAUGAGGGAGCACAUCAAAUCCCUCAAAAUGGUUCCCUGCAUCCCAUAUCUGGGAAUUUAUUUGUUUGAUAUGACGUAUAUCGACUCUGCCUAUCCAGCUACUGACAGCAUAAUAGAGACUGAGCAGAGAGCCAAUCAAAUGAACAAUCUUCUCCGAGUUAUCUCUGACCUUCAAGUGUCCUGUAACUACGAUCACUUGCUGACAUUGCCACAUGUACAGAAGUACCUGAUGUCAGUGCGCUACAUUGAGGAACUGCAAAAGUUUGUGGAGGAUGAUAAUUACACGUUGUCUCUGAGGAUUGAACCUGGGAGCAGUUCGCCUCGCCUCGUAUCUUCCAAGGAAGAUAUUGGAGGACCUUCAGAAGAGGCAUUCUCAGUGAAGUAUAACCGGAGACCAACCUGUCCUGAUACCUCAGUUGUAGCCCAUCUGCCUACACCACCACCAGCCCGGCACAGAAAAAGCCACAGCCUUGGAAAUAACAUGAUGUGCCAGUUUGGAGUAGCAGAGAGUAAGAGUGCCACUUUUUCUGUAAAGGAAAAGGCUCGUCAUCUACUGGACGACAGUUUUUUAGAGUCACACAGCCCCAUCAGGAAUCAUACACAUGACUCUGUGUUCACCAACGGCAUCUCAUUAGGAAGUAGAGAAAGCAUCUUCAGUGAUGAGUUGUCAUCUACUGCUGAAAGAGGUCGUAUGUACGCUACUCUUGGCCCAAAUUGGAGGGUUCCAGUCCGUAACUCUCCGCGAAGCAGAAGCUAUGUUUACAGUGUCCCAGGGGCUAUGUCCAGUUAUGAAUGCAGUUCGCUAAGCAGUAUCACCAUUGAAGGGCCUCUGCGGAGAAAGACGGUGAUGAAAGAGGGCAAGAAACCUACAUUGUCAUCCUGGAAGCGAUACUGGAUUGUUCUUACUGGCACAACUCUAAUAUACUUUGGCUCUAAAGCUUUAAGAGCAAAUGAAAGGAGACAUUACAAAUCGAGGCCUUGUAAGAAGAUCUCAUUAACCGGAUGGAUGGUGGUGCUCCCUGAUGAUCCAGAGCAACCAAACAUUUUUCAGCUUAAUGACCCUGAUAAAGGUAAUGUUUACAAGUUCCAGACUGGAUCUCGCUUCUCUGCAAUCAUCUGGCAUAAACACCUGGCUGAGGCCUGCCGUUGCAUAAGGCCACAGAUACCAGCCAACUUAAUGUCUUUUGAAUAGCUGCCACAUUGUGAAGGACAAAACUGGGCCAGGAAAAAAAAAGUUCAAAAGAGAAAUUCCCUAAAGUCAAGUUUAACGCUUUAUGGUGUUAUGGUGAUAGUAUUUUGUCUUGUAAUUAUAUAACUGCCCUGUUGAUCAGGGUAUCAUAUACAUGGACUUUUGAUGUGUGGGUUCUGUGCAAUUUAGAAGUGUCCUAGAGAGAAUGUGCCGAAGAAGAACAGGAAAAAUGAAGAGAACAUAAUGAUACCAAAAAUUGUCAUAUUCUGCGAGGAACACUGUAGAACAUGAGAGAAGCCAUGUCAGCCAUUACAGGAAGGAAACCGAUUAUGAUUACAGACCUGUGAGAAUGUAAGCACUUUCUACAAUCUAAAGUAAAUUAUCUAUUAGUCUAAAAUAAAUUCAAUUUGCACUCAGAUUAUGGAGCUGGCUACGGUUUAUACCCAAAUAUAUCCUCUUGUAUUAACUUGGAUAUGGUCAAAGUUCCACUUUGUUGGAGCAGCAAAAAAGAAAUUCUGCUCUUUUCUGAAAACGGAUUCAUUUAUUUCAAUUAAGGUACAAUUGCCCAGAUUUGUAUUUAAAAAACAAAAUCUGAUUACUCCUAACAGUGAAAUUGUUAAAACCAUCAUUGCUAAAACCCGUUCUCUUUUGUGGACUACAGUAGUUAAAAGCUGGCUGUGUGGCCUAUGAAAUAAUUUGUCACAAUUGUUAAAUAUUGUACAUAAUAUACCCUUGUUAAAUAUUGUACAUGCGUAUGACUGUGUGAAAGAUGUCAAAACAUUUUGUGUACAAACUGUCUUAUUCUUAUGUUUUCAUGUGAACAAGUGCCAAAAGUUUAUAUUUUAAAUGGUAUCAUUAUUUUAUUGCAUUUUGUGAAUGACAUGAAAAGGCCUGGAAAAUGUGAAGUAUUGCAGAAUGAUUGUUCCACUAUAGAACAAUAAGGGAAUAUUUAUUUCUAGUUAUGCAUGUAUCUAACGGACAGCCCCUCGGUUUACAAACAUCCUUAAACAGGAAAAUCAUUAAACAUUUGCUAACAAACUUGAAGCUUUUUUUCAUUAUUGUUUCUCGAAGAGAGAAGCAACUGAAAUUUAGGGAUCAGAAAUUAAGAAUGCUUUGUAAAGAGUGCUGUUUCUUAAUCAUAGAACAAAUGUAAUAUACGUCACGUCUGCAUUAAUUUUAUGGUUGUAUUUCCCACCAAAUACUGAACUGUUCGAUUACAUAGGUUGUUAAUGUACAUACAGUUGUAUGCCAGCAUAUUUUGUCACACUUUUUGAGUAGCACUAUCAAUAUUGACACUGUAUUAAGCCUCGGUUCUGUUAAUCAGUCACACAAAACAUUACAGUGAUGGUUGAUUUUUUUGUUCUCGUGCAUGUGAUAGCAGUAAAGUAUUUUGUACUUUCUUUUGUACUGUAAAUUAAUGAAGAAACGAUAAACCUUUUCCCAAGUGUAGUCGCCGAAUUUUAUUCAGCAUCACUGCACUGGUAGGCUAGUAAGUUAUUGUGUUUGCUACCUCCUGAUAUUCUCAUUUUUUAUAAUGUAUCUAUAUUUAUUUUUCUUUUUUUAUUGUUAUACACCACACAGUUGAAACUACAUAAGGAUUUUGUGCAUUUUGUGUUUUUCCUUAAGCUAGCAAAAAUUCUAACAUAAGAAAAUGUGCCUGUUGGUUAGUCUUUCUCUGUACAGUGUAUGUGACAUCAUGUAUCUUUGUACUGAAAACUGAGCUAUCUCUGUCGUUGGCAUUUCCUCUUCUUCAAUAUUAUGUAUCCUUUAUUCAUAUUUUUCAUGAAUACUUAUGUUGUGAAUAUAUUCUGCAUCACCUAUGUGUUUUCGAGUUCAUAUCUUUCGAUAUGCUAAUCCAAAAUAUAACAAAUCUUGCACCAUUAAA